AUCCGACGCGAAUCACCGUUUGUCGCCCCGGCCACAGUGGUGCCCCUCUUUCUUCAUCUCCCAGUCCCUCCCUCUCGCUCUCUCCCACUUUGCGGCUGCUGCUACAACAACUCUUCUGAGGAGCCAUGACCUGAAAGAACGCCCAUUUGAGUGGUCUACUGUGAUUCUUAGAUGAAAAGAACGGCCGCUCAGAUGGGACGUCCACCGGCGGCGGGGGGUUCGUCGAAGGGGUCGAAGGCCACCGGCCAGCUAUCGGCGGUGGACCUCCAAGUCUACGAGGUGAUCAAGGAGAGCGGCAACGUGGGCAUCUGGACCAGAGAUAUCAAGUACAAAGCCAGCAUCACCGACAACCAAGUGAAGAAAUCUAUCAACACCCUUCUCCAGCACCAGAAGAUAAAGGCCGUCCACAACAUCUCCAACCCCACCAAAAAGAUGUACAUGCUGAUAGAGUUGGAGCCAUCGGAGGAGGUCAGCGGCGGCAAGUGGUACAGCGGCAAGGAUUUUGACAACGAACUCGUAUCCAAUCUGAAGAUGGUCUGCUUGAAAUUCGUCGCCCAGCAGAAGGUCGCCACAAUCGAGUCUAUUACAGACUUCAUCAGAAAGUCAGGGCUGAUGAGCGUCGAGUUUCAGACGAAGGAGAUCAAACAAGUGGUCGAUGCUCUGGUCCUGGAGAGGGAUUUGGAGGAGGUUGUGAGUACGGGGACGGGGAUCUUCUCGUCUGUGCCGGUAAGGAAGGUCUGCUAUAGGUUCUGCAAGAAAGGGGCACCGGAACACGCGCCGUUCGUUGGCGUGCCUUGUGGGGUUUGUCCAGUAAUUCACGAGUGCACGCCUGAUGGGAUUAUUUCGCCAAAGACUUGUGCAUAUUUCGAUAAAUGGCUCGAUUUUUAGGAGGAAGUAUGUCUCUCCAGUGUUGCUCAGUUGAUAGUAUUGGGCAUUCCAACAGAGAUUCAUGAGUUCUUAGAUCCUGAAAAAAUUUGGGACGUUUUUUGUACUCUCUAGAUACAUAUAAUUUUAAGACGAUCAAGGAAAUCAAUUCAUUCUUCAUUCAUUUCA